UGUCGAGUCUUCAGUGUUUCUCCGCGCUUCCGUUCGUGCGUUUUGGUUGUGAUUCGUUGUGAAAGAGUCGGUUAAGCUUAGAAGUUGAAAUUGUGUUUUGCGGAGAGAAGUUAUAAAGUCAUCGCCUUUCAAAUAAUUUGAAGAAAAUGGCUGAAAGUAAGGGUGCAUUGAUUGCGAAGACAGUGCAAAAACAUGCAGGCAGAGCAAAAGAGAAGUUUCUUCAAAAUUUGGGCAAAGUGGAUAGAACCGCAGAUGACAUAUUCGACGAACAUUUGCAGAAUUUCAUGAGACAACAAAAUGCCGCGAAUAGGUUGCAAAAAGAGUUCAACAAUUACAUCAGGUGUGUUCGAGCGGUGCAAGCAGCGUCUAAAACUCUCAUGGAUUCUUUGAACGAAAUCUACGAAAGUCAAUGGACUGGCCAUGACCUUUUAUAUGUGCAAGCUCAAAAUCUCGAUAUGUUGUGGCAAGAUUUCACUCACAAACUUGCGGAUCAAGUUCUCGUGCCUCUCAACACAUAUCAGAGCCAAUUUCCAGAAAUGAGGAAAAAAAUUGACAAACGCGGACGGAAGUUGGUAGAUUAUGACAGUCAAAGACAUAAUUUCCAAUCACUACAAUGUAAUCCAAGGAAACGGGAUGAACUCAAAGUUUCUCGAGGAAAAGAAUUAUUGGAAGAAGCUAAGCGUACAUAUGAACAACUUAAUUCCGAACUUCAUGAUGAACUACCUGCCUUAUAUGAUUCACGUGUUCUUUUUCUUGUUACUAAUUUGCAAACAUUGUUUGCUGCUGAACAAGUAUUUCACACUGAAAGUGCUAAGGUAUAUUCUGAAUUAGAAGCAAUCGUCGAUAAACUUGCUAACGAAAGCCAGAGAGGAUCAUAUACACUGAAGAAGAAUACAGAACCUCAGUCUCCAAAAUCACCUAACGCCAAUUCUGCUUUAAUAAUUAAUACACAACCAGCUCAGAAUAACAUUUCACCAGCCGUGGAUGAUUCUGCUCCAGCAGCAAGAAACACAUCACCGACUACUCAAUUAAAUGGCAAUGCUAACAGCAAUGCUAACAGCAAUGAUAAUUCUCUCAAUAAUCAGGAUGCAUCUCCGCAAAACACAGUUACGGCCUCUAAGCGAGUAGAAGAGUUGUAUGAUAUUCCUGUUGAGGUGGAAUAUGAAAAUGGUACCAAUUUCUCUCUAGGGGCAACGACUGACAACUUGCCACCUGGGGUUUUAUACAGAGUGAAGGCUACUUACAAAUAUAGACGCGAAGAUGUGGAUGAAUUGUCAUUUGAUGUCGGUGAUAUUAUUCGUGUAGUAGAAUAUGAUGAUCCAGAAGAACAGGAACAAGGUUGGUUAAUGGGUAUCAAGGAAGGUACGAAUGAAAAGGGUAUGUUUCCAGCGAAUUUCACGAAACCACUGUGAAAGCUUUAUUAAAUUCGUCUAUUACACUCCAAUGCUCACUAAAACGGCGUAUUCUAUUUUAAGAAUAGUUACAAGAUUAAAAGUGAGAAUCACACAGUCAUCUGAGAUAUUAUAUAUAUAUAUAAAAAAAAAAAAUAAUUAAUAUUAAUAACAAUGAGGGGCAAUGGGAAGGAGAAAGGGGUGUGAUAAGAUAGUUAUGCUGGAGGUACUGUGGAAAAUUAAACACCCCAAAGUGCCUUAACCCAGCCACUGUCUGUGCCAACAUUCAUUGUUUAUAAUAUGGGAUUAUUCUCCCUGUAUCCAAUGUACGAAUACACAUCAUUAAUAAUCAAAUGAAAUAUUUAAGUAAUUAAAUAAUAUAUUGUAAUACAUCAUGCAGUACUAUAAUAUAAAUCUUAUAUAUUAAAUUAAUAUUAUUUUAUGAAAUUGUACAUAGAAUUAUACAUUUUAAGAAUAUUUUAUGAAAUAACUUUGUGGCUACUGAAAUUAUUAGUAAGAACUAAUGUAAUGUUUAA